GCGACGCGCCGAGCCGGGGGAAGAUGGCGACCGAUGCGCGGUCGGCGGGAGACACCGAGGAGGACUGGCAGGUGUACCGCGUCCUGUGCCAGGACCAGGACCUCGUCUAUCCUCGCACGGUAGAAGAAGAGCAGGAAGAAGACGCGAUGUCCCACGACGUGGCAACGUCGCUUCGCAGCGAGCUGGCCGCUCUUCAGUACAAGAGGGACCGCCUGCUGCAAGAGCUGCAGGACACCAGGGGACAGCUGCGCAGCCGCGAGCAGCGCGCCCUGGAGCUGCAGGUGCAGACGGAGCAGCUGCAGGAGCAGGCGGCCCGGCAGACCGCCAUCAUAGCGUCGCUGCGCAGGAGGAUACAGGAGCUGGAAGAAAAGGAAAGAAAUCUGUCAGCAUCCCAGAGUCGAGCAGAAAUGGCAGUUCAAACGCUUCAGAGAGAGAACCAGUACAAAGAGGAGAAAGUAAAAAACUUAGAGAAAAGGGUGCGGACCCUGGAGCUGGAGUGCCACUCGGAGGAGGCCUCGAAGGAGUCGCAGCGCCGCGCCAUGGAGGACCUGGUGCGCAGGCUGUCCGCGGCCUUGGGGGCGGAGCAGGCCGAGGCCGUGGUCACCUCGCCCGAGGGGCUGGUCCACAAGGCGUCCGAGCUCGUGCAGGAGACAAGCAGACUGCGCGCCAAGUCGGGAAACGUCUCGGAGACACUGUCGUCUGUCGAGCUCGAACUGAAGGGUUGCAAAGAUGCCCUGGACAGAGCUGUCGCCGAGAGGGACUCUUUGCAAAGGCAAGCGGCUUCACAUCUUCUUGAAAUAGACCGAAUACGACAGGAAAAGGAAAACUUGGAAAUGCAACAAAGAGUGACAGAACGAGAACUAUCGGAGUUAAGAGAAAAACUUUCUCUCUCGAACAGAAGUCUUUCAUCUGCAACGAAUAACGUGGCCGUCCAAGAAUCCACAAUAUGCCAGCUUCGAGAGGAUUUGAGCAUCAAAGACGAAAAGCUUCAAAGAGUACACAAUGAGUUGCGGCAUUUUCUUGAGUCCUUAGCCAUUCAACUUAGCUCACCAACAAGGUUCGUUGAAUCCAAUGACACGAGCAUCAAAGAGAGAAUAGCGGAAGUUCUUCAGGAAAACAAGGAUAAAGCUACCCAAGCGGAGCAGCUGCGCGAGAAGACAGCGCUGCUCGCCCAGCAGCUGGGCCGGCAGACCGAGGCGGCGGAGCGCGCCGACGCGCAUGCGCGCAAGCUGCUCGACGACAAGAUGGCGCUGGAGUCGCGCCUGCGCGAGCUGGAGGCGCAGCUGGCGGCCGCGGAGGCGUCCCGGGACUCGCUGCGCAGGGACAAGAACACAUUCAUGAGCUUCCUGGAGAGGCUGGCCAGAGUCCUAAGCGUGGAAGAGAUGUCCAAGGAAGUAGGAGUGGACCUUCACACAGAAACACUGCUGCUCAGAGCCGAGCAGUUGGCACGCCUGGAGAGUGACAAGCUCCUGGACAAGACCUCGACGGUGUACCAGCUGCAGCGGCGCGUGCGCACGCUGCGGGAGCAGCUGCAGAGGCGCGACCUGCACCUGGACCUGCUGCGCAGGAAGCUGUCCUUGCAGGAGGACGGUACCCGCGCCAGGACCCUGCUGGAGUCGGAGCGCGACGAGGCCAACCUCAGGGUGAAGAAGCUGCUGAAGCAGGUGGAGCGACUGCAGCUGGAGGUCUCCGAGGCCAGGGCUCAGACUCGCGAACUGAAGACACAGCUCGGGGACGCCGCCGAAUACAAGAUUUCAGCCCUGGAGAGAGCUCGCAAGAUAGAAGAACUUCAGAAACGACUGGUUGAAAGUGAGAUGUUAAGAACACGUUACAGUCGCAAAGUAACUCUCCUGAAAGACCAGGUGCGCGCGACCAGCCAGUCCGCGGAGAACGAGCGCAGCCUCCACGAGCACAACACGCGCCUCUUGCGGGACGAGCUGGCCAGCGUCAAGCAGAGCCUCGGCGACAGCCAGCGGCGGGAGAACGCUCUGCUGAGCUUCCGCACGUCGGUGGCGAAGCUGCUGAACCUGGAGGCGCCGCUGCCCGACUACGAGAUCGUGUCGCGGCUGCAGAAGCUGGUGCAGGCGCACCGCGACUUCACGUCGGUGUCGCGGCGCUACGACGACCCGCUCUUGACGGGCGGCUCGCGCACCCCGCUGCUGCUGGGCCACAGCCCCGCCGGCACGCGCACCCCGCGCUACGACGACUCGGGCUUCGUCGACCCGCCCGACCUCAGCGCGCUGGACGACAGCGACGACCUCAACGGGGUCUACAACAAGCGGCCGCUGAGAGGUUCUCCCUGAGCUUCUGAAGCCAUAGACUCGCGAUCAGAUAGAUCAGACCAGCCCAAAGAUGGCCUCCGCCAUGGACUCGCAAAGAGCGACUCGCCACCUGGAGCGCAGUAACAACAUCCACCAUAGACUCAUGACGAGAUAGAACUCAGCAGCUUGCCGCCUUGAGUCCUCUGCCAUAGACUCAUAUUGAGAUAGAAUGUGCACACACGCUGUGCAGUGAUUAAUAAAUCGUCCAGAUACUGGAUGGCGUAUAUGCCAGUCAGCUUGUCACAUAGAGCCUUCUACCAAAUAUGUAUUAAUUGUAGUGACAAUAAAAUAAUUUUGAAGUCCCUACAAAUCUGUUAUUUUUAGCGACAAUCGCAUUUCACUAUCACUAAUAAGCCACUUCGUGAACCUUUUCAAAUUAUUAUUCUUGUACAAAAAUAUAUAUUAUACGGUUUGUAUUGACUGUAAAAGUUUACUUUGUCUAUAAAUUUACCAAUAAUAUAUAAUUUAUAUCUGUAAAAAAAUCUACAAGCCUAAUAUGGUGAAAUAUCUGGAAGGUAUUUAUUUUCUUAAAUCCUUCCUUCUCCCAUUAUUACCUUCUGUUUUAGCCUCCACUGUCUCUAGUCUAUGCUUUUGUCUAUAGUGCUAGAAGCUUGAGAGCCAUUGGAGAAACUUAAGAUUCACUGACUGAGUUAGACAACUGAAUAAUCUGUGUUUGUGUAUAUUCAGACUAUUUACAUUAAACGUUAAUAAAAGUCUCACAAGAA